AUUCUCAUCGAAAUCAGUUGAAUUCCUCACAAAAUGAAACUUGUAUUCGCUUUGGCUUUGUUGGUUGCCUGCGCAGCUGCUGGCACCAUUCCCGACGAUGGCAGCCGUAUCACCAAUGGUGAAGUUGCCAAGAAGGGACAAUUCCCAUACCAAGCUGGUCUUUCCCUGCAAAUGGGAGGAUCAUCAGCAUGGUGCGGUGGUACCUUGAUUUCGGACCGUUGGGUUCUCACAGCUGCUCAUUGCACAGUUGAUGCCGACGCUGUCGAAGUCUACUUGGGUGCUUUCAACAUCAAGGACGCCAACGAGCCCGGCCAAGAGCGCAUCUACGUUUCGAAAGCAGGAAUCUUCACACAUGAAGACUACGAUGCCAAUACUAUCACCAACGAUAUUGCUUUGAUCAAAUUGCCAGCUCCAGUUGAAUUCAAUGACUUGAUCCAACCAGCUCAACUACCAAAGAAGAGUGCAGCUUACUCAACCUAUGUCGGAGACACCGUUGUUGCUUCAGGAUGGGGCAAGGACAGCGAUUCUGCAACUUCAGUUUCACCUGUCUUGAACUUCAUUGACACCACCGUCAUCAGCUCAAAGACCUGCAACAAGUACUACCUUGGCAUGAUCACACCCAACAUGAUUUGCAUCUCAGGAAAGGAUGGACGCUCAACAUGCAACGGUGACUCUGGUGGUCCAUUGAUCUACCAAGAAAACGGUGAGAACAUCUUGAUCGGAGCUACCUCAUUCGGUAUCUCAUUGGGUUGUGAAGUCGGCUUCCCUGGUGUAUUCACCCGUAUCACCUCCUACUUGGACUGGAUCGAUGCCAAGACUGGUCUUGUUGCAUUGUUGAUUGAGGUUCUGCAGCAGAAACCUGAGCUGGCCAGAGGCAAGGGACAAUUCGGUUCCACAAAAAGAACCCAAGACGAACAAUGGGAAAAUAUAGCUGAUCAACUGAAUAGCAUUGGACCACCAUCAAGAACAGCGAAAGAAUUGCAAAGAAUACAAGUUUGUUUGGUGUUUGGAAAACAACCAUCAGUUGUAACCAUGAAAAUCCUUUUUGCUUUGAUUUUGGCCAUUGCCUCAUCGGUUUCUGCCUUUGAGACUUUUGUUGAUAUGGAACCUGCCAUUCCGGAGUUCUAUAUGGAGUCACGUAUUACCAAUGGAAAGGCAGUCAGCAUUAACGAUCAUCCAUACCAAGUUGGUCUAAAUGUGAAUGGAGGCUGGUGUGGUGGAUCCUUGAUUUCCCCAACAUAUGUUCUUACUGCUGCUCAUUGUGUUGAUGGUAUUGGAGCUGGAAGUAUUACUGUGUUUAUGGGAAGUGCACAAAGGCAAGGAGGAACUCGUAGGGCCGCCAAGCGCACUAUAGUUCAUUCCGGUUGGAAUAGGUACACUCUGCUCAAUGACAUCGCCUUGAUCCAAAUCGAUGCUGUCAGUUAUUCGAAUACCAUCAGACCUGUCGCCCUUCCAGCCAUUUCCAGUUCAUAUUCCACAUACAAUGGCAAUUCUGUCAUUGCUACUGGAUGGGGAAAGACAAGUGAUUCAAGUGGAGUUGCAAGUACUCUCCAAGGUGCUACCCUGACUGUUAUCACUAAUUCCGCUUGUGCCAAUACUUAUGGAUCGACAAUCAAGGGAUCAAAUAUUUGUGUAUCGACUCCUGGUGGAACUUCAACCUGCAACGGUGACUCCGGUGGCCCACUUGUGCUAAAGAGUAACAAGGUUUUGAUUGGUCUUACAUCUUUCGGUUCAUCUGCUGGUUGUACUAAGGGCUUGCCAGCCGCUUUUACUCGAGUUACCAGCUACAGGCAAUGGAUCAAGGAAAAAGCUGGAGUUUAAAUUGAUUGCUUUAUUAAAUUUAUUUAAAGUUUAUAAGAAAUGAUAUUUGUCAUGAAAUUAUAAAUUUAUCAAUCUUGCACCUAAA